AUGCAUUAAGAUACUAUAUUGUAAAAACUAGAGGUUCAAUUAAUACUCUAACCGCUAACAAACAAAGUUUAGCAUCAAAUUUAGUUGGAUUAAUAAAAUAGAAAUUAAAGGUCCUCAGAAGAUUUUCAUUCAGAAAAUCAAAUAAAGCCAAUGAGUUUAAGAAAAAAUUAUCAAUAAAUGACUUAAAGCAAUAAAAUAAUACCAAAAAAAUGCUUUGGAGUAGAGUAACUACCUUUACUAUUUGGUGUAGACAGAAAUGUAAAUAGUAAAGUCAAUGUGGUGAAUUAUGAUUUUACUAAUGAUUAUCUCUAUUUUGGUGGACAAUAUGGCUCUAUUCCAAUGAUUGGAUUCUUUGAUAACUAACAGGGUUUCGAGAGACUACUUUGGUUGCAUUCUUAUUAGAUAAAUGGUCAAUUGUAUCAAGGCCUUUAGAUAUCAGAGAUAGAGUCUUUAAUGAACAGAAAUAAUAAAAUAUAUGCAGCUGCAAGAAGUAUUGAUGAAUAACCCAGUAUUAAUACUUAUCAUUACUUAUUUAUUCUUGAUUUACAAGGAAGAUAUCCUAAAGGAAUUUAAAUUUAAGGAUAGUUCUCAUAAGUUAUUCUUAUACAUACUACUGAUUUUGGAAAGAAUAACACUGUACUAUUUGCCACUCAAAAUUAUGAAUAGCGUGCAUGUUUAUAUAUUAUUUCAGAUGAUCUUAGUAUAGUACUUACGAAAUUAUCAUUUUAAGAGUAAAACACCAGGAUAGGAUUUAUUGUGUUGAUACCCUUAACUAAUACGCUUUUUAUUAGUGGUGUUAAUUCUGCAUCAACCAAUUAUGGAUUAUUUUUCCAUUAAAUUGACCUGGAUAACUAGCAAAAUUAGUAUAAAGUGCCUACAUUUAAUAUUGCCUCAAAAUCUGGAUAUAGUCUAAUUGUUAGCAUCUUUGAAUACAUAGACUAGACUAUCAUUGGCUGCUUACAAAGAAGAUGA